AUGGUGCUCGAGCAAUACACCUACGUCUUCGUCAUCGGCACUUUGUUUGCCAUGCUCGAUGCCUACAACAACGGUGCCAACGAUGUUGCCAAUGCCUGGGCUACCAGUGUCUCGUCGAGAUCCAUCUCGUACAGACAAGCAAUGAUAUUCGGUACCGUCUUCGAGAUGCUAGGCGCCAUCACCGUGGGCGCCCGCACUGCCGACACCAUCAAGAACGGCAUCAUUCCCAACGACGCCUUCCGGGGUGACGCCGGCGUGCAGAUGCUCGCCUUCACCUGCGCCCUCGCCGCCGCAUCCUCAUGGGUCAUGUGGUGCACAAAACAUUCGGCUCACGUCUCGUCGACCUACUCGCUCAUUUCCGCCGUCGCUGGUGUUGGUGUCGCCACCGUCGGCGCUUCUGGAGUGCAAUGGGGAUGGAACAAUGGCAAGGGUCUUGGUGCCAUCUUCGCUGGUCUGGGCAUGGCACCCGCUAUUGCCGCUGGCUUCGGCGCGAGCAUCUUCAUGCUGAUCAAGGUCGUCGUCCACAUGCGCAAGAACCCCAUGAAGUGGGCCGUUUACUCGUCGCCCUUCUGGUUCCUCGUCGCCGGCACCGUCUGCACGCUGUCCAUCGUCUACAAGGGCUCGCCCAACCUCAAGCUGAACAAGAAGCCUGGCUGGUACGUGGCCGCCGUAACCAUGGGCACAGGCUGCGGCGUCGCCCUAAUGGCGGCCAUCUUCUUCGUUCCCUUCCUGCACGCCAAGAUCAUCAAGAAGGACUACACUGUUAAGUGGUACAUGUUCGUCCUGGGUCCUCUGCUGUUCAAGCGCCCUGCCCCCGCCGACGCCGACCAGGCCAAGGUCCCCAACUACGCUGUUGUCCAGCACGACGAGGAUGAUGAGCCCUCGACCCACGCCUCAAGCUCCAAGGCAGGCUCCGACAGUGGCGAUGAGGCCAUCAUGACUGCUCCGGCCGGCGAGGUGAACGAGAAGCGGCUCGUCGCGACCGAGACUCGGCAGCCGACGUACAAGGAGUUGCAAGCGCAGGGCGAUGAGCGACUGCACGCAAAGCUGCGCAAGAAGGGGGGCCCCAUCGGUUGGGCAAUGCGCACGCUGCACGAGAACCCCAUGGGCCCUGGCCAGAUUUACGAGUGGCACAACAUGAAGAUCAUGGCGAAGCGCAUUCCUGCCAUGAUUGUGUGUGGUGCCCUCUAUGGUCUGCACUACGACAUUCACGCGUCGCAGACGGGUGUUGAGGGCACGCCCGAGGGCAACCGCAUGCAGCGCGUCUACGCCCACGCUGAAAAGUACCCCAACGAGGUUGAGCACACGUACUCGUUCGUGCAGGUUCUCACCGCAUGCACCGCCUCGUUCGCCCACGGCGCCAACGAUAUCGGUAACUCUGUUGGCCCUUGGGCCGUCAUCUACUCGGCCUGGAAGACUGGUGAUGCUGCUGCGGCGAAGGCCCCUGUGCCGGUCUGGCAGCUUGCAGUUCUCUCGGCCACCAUUUCCCUCGGCCUCAUCACCUACGGUUACAACAUCAUGAAGGUCAUGGGUAACAAGAUCACUUACCACUCCCCCAGCAGAGGUUGCUCCAUGGAAAUGGGCGCCGCCAUCACCGUCCUCGUCUUCUCGCAGUACUCGCUGCCCGUGUCGACGUCCAUGUGCAUCACCGGUGCCACUGUCGGCGUCGGUCUCUGCAACGGCACCCUCAAGGCUGUCAACUUCCAGCGUGUUGGCCUGCUCGUCUUCUCCUGGAUCAUGACCAUCCCCGUCGCCGGCACCAUCGGCGGUGUGCUCAUGGGUCUGUUCCUCAACGCGCCGCACUUUUAA